AUGCCAGGUUCCGCAAUUGGGCCGCAAAAGAAAGCUCGGGGAUGCGGAAAGUCUGUGCUGAGUUCCAUUGCCGCUGACCGAAUCCUACAAAGUUCUCGGGGCCCUGCGGUGGUUUAUCUGAUGAUAGCUUUCGACAGACCUAGAUCUGAGUAUCAUAUCAUCAACCAAGUCGCUGUACAGCUGCUUGAUCACGCCACGAAGAGCGGCGUGGGCAUUGACUCUGAGGCUAUGUCCCUUAUCUACGAAGAUGACCAGGACGCAAAGAAGCUCGACCAGGACUCAAAGAAGCUCGCGAAGAUCCACGAGCUAAUCAAGUUUUUGGUUUCACAAUGCACCUCUGUCCUCUUCUUCCUUGAUGGCUUCGACGAGUAUGAAUCAUUCGCAAGAACCAAGCGUCAAACUCAAAAAGCGCACUCACCCGAAGGACGGCUCAAGAAUUUCUCUGGUAAAAGUGUGCGCCUUUGGUUGACUUCGCGGACGAUCACAGAGCCGAAAGACUCUUCCUUCGUUGAAAUUUCACUCGACGAGUCCUUAACGGCUGAAGACGUUAGUUCGUUCAUUUGCUAUGAGACGAACGAACUUCUUGAUAGCCUUGUCAGCGAUUCUCGACGAAAGCAUGUCACGGCCAAGCUACAAGAAAUGGCGAAAUCAAACUUUCUAACGGCAAAUCUGCUGGUCCAUCAUAUGCGUAAAGCCGAGAACUCUUCACAGCUCUUCAAUCUGAUCGAAUCAGGGAGAAGCUUGAGCGAAGUCAGCGAUCUUUACGACGAAGCAAUCGGAAAAUUACGAAAUGCUGAAGUUACUUACCGCUGCGGCGAGACUGUGGUCUCUCUCCCUGUCUUGCAGAUCAUUUCCAUAGUAGCUUUUGCAAAGCGGCCUCUAAGAAUUGGCGAGCUUCUUGACGCUCUUGUUUUCGUUCAAAAGCCGUCACCCAACAUAUCCAUUGAAGAUCUUUGUGAUAACCUCUUAGCAGAGAGUUUUGUGACCGUCACUGGUGACGAGAUCCAGCAUCUCUGUGCGCCGUUCACCUCAUUCCAACUGUCCGAAGACAGGAAUACAGGUGCCUUCAUCAAACUGUCCCAUUCUUCAGCGUCAAAAUUUCUGCACAGAAUCUCAACGACAGUCAAUUCUGGUGAAGGUUACCCAGCUCUCAGUCCUGAUUUUAUUUGUAACAUUUGCAUCAAGUACCUGUCGCAGAAGCGCUUGAUCGACGGCCAACAUGAGCCUGGCCGGAACUCGCGCUUCUUUCCAUACGCCGCAUAG